CCCGAUCCGGAGCAAAACAAAAAUAAUGACAUGUGCUUAUGCACUGAUGUUUCCAAAAUAUCUUAUGGCCGAUAACUAAAAGCGUCUUUUUAAGUUUAUUUUACUUACCUAUAAAUUAGUUUUAACGAUGGCAAAUGUUCUGUUAAGCGAAGCCGAAAAGACAUAUAUUCUACAUGGAAUUCAGAAAGAUUACCGCAAUGACGGCCGAACGAACCGUGAUUACCGCCCAAUGGAACUGGAAACGGAUGUUGUCGUACAUGCAAUGGGUUCGGCUAGACUGCGCCUGGCAAACACGGAUAUACUCGUGGCUGUGAAGGCCGACAUCGACAUUCCCAGCCCCAAUCGGCCAAAGGAGGGUAAACUCGAGUUCUUUGUGGACUGUUCGGCCAAUGCCACGCCGGAUUUCGAGGGACGUGGCGGCGAAGAGCUGGCCACUGAAAUAUCCAACACACUGUCAAAGGCGUACCUUUCCCAACAAGCGUUCGAUCUGACGCCGCUGUGUAUUCUGGCUAAGCAUCAAUGCUGGAAACUUUACGUGGACAUCCUGAUUCUUGAAUGCGGUGGUAAUCUUUUCGAUGCCGUGUCCCUGGCCGUCAAGGCGGCUCUCUACAAUACUAAGCUUCCCCGGGUGUCCUCGGCGGAAUUGGACGGAGGGGCUAUGGACAUCAUACUGUCCGACGACCCGUAUGAUUGCGAACGAUUGAAUAUUGACGCUGCCCCACUGCUGGUGACUGUGUGCAAGAUUGGAGACUGCUGUGUGGUUGAUCCUUCGGCAGAAGAAGAGGAGUGCAGUGCAAUCAGCGUUGUGAUUGGCGUAUCGCGUAAAAAGGGUAAUAAGUCAUCAGUCACGUCGAUCCGGACUUCUGGUGAAGGCUCUUUCCAUUCGGAUACGCUGAUGAAAAGCUUGGACCUAGGGGUAAGUGCUGCAGCUUAUUUGGACAAAGCCCUAAUGGCCGCGUUGAAGGCCGAUGAAGAGAAUAACACCAAGCCACUUGGGGAAAAGGAAAUAUUUGGGUUUUUGAAAUAGAAUAUUUUAGCUUUAAUAAUUA